AAUAAAAAAAAAAUAAAAAAAAAAUAAAUUUUAGAGAAGAUAAUUUUAUUUUUUAUUUUUAAAAUAAAAAAAUCAAAAGUGGUUACCGAAUAGCACCAUAAAAACAAGGAAGUCAAGCUAAAAAAGAAAGAAGAAAAGAAGAAAGGUGAUUAACAAAAAAGGUGAAUUGUGUCCCAAAAAGUGAGGUAGAAAAAGUAGUAGUUGGGUUUGGGAACUUGGGAUGGGUGAAUCUGAAUCUGAAUCUGAAUUUAAGGCGAUGAAGAUGAAGAUGAUCAUCGACACAGACCCUGGUAUCGAUGAUGCCAUGGCAAUAUUCGUGGCCCUCAAGUGUCCCGAAGUUGAAGUGGUUGGACUUACCACUAUCUACGGCAACGUUUAUACCACUCUCGCCACCCGAAACGCCUUACAUUUGUUGGAGAUUGGUGGAAGAAGUGAUAUCCCUGUAGCUGAAGGAUCUCAUGUCACAAUCACGAAAGGUACAAAGCUCCGGAUUGCUGAUUUUGUUCACGGCGCCGAUGGACUUGGCAACCAAAAUUUCCCUCCGCCUAAGGGAAAGCCUAUCCAACAGUCCGCUGCUGCAUUUUUGGUCCAGCAAGCAAAUCUUCACCCUGGAAAACUCACUGUCGUAGCCUUGGGUCCACUUACUAAUAUUGCAUUGGCGAUUCAACUGGAUCCGGCUUUUGCCCAAAAUGUUGGCCGGAUUGUUGUUCUGGGUGGUGCCUUUGCAGUGAAUGGGAAUGUAAAUCCAGCUGCAGAAGCCAACAUAUUUGGGGAUCCAGAUGCUGCAGAUAUCGUAUUCACCAGCGGAGCAGAUGUGUUGGUUGUAGGGAUAAAUGUUACUCACCAAGUCGUUCUCACAGAUGCGGAUCGAGAUGUGUUGGCAAGUUCAAAUGGGAAGUUUGCUGAGUACUUGUGUAAAAUUUUAGAUGUCUACUUCUCGUAUCAUCAGGAUGCCUAUAACACAGGAGGUGUUUACCUUCACGACCCGACAGCCCUUCUUGCAGCCGUAUACCCUGAUCUGGUCACUUACACGGAGGGUGUUGUGAGAGUCCAGACCAAUGGCAUCACAAGAGGGCUCACUGUAUUGUAUAACAAACAGAAAAGGUUUGGUGAAGUAACAGAUUGGUCGGAUAAGCCAACAGUGAAGGUGGCCGUGACAGUUGAUGCUCCGGCUGUUGUCAAACUUGUGAUGGAACGUCUCAUAGACUCCUCCUAGUCUACUCCUCGUAUCAUAUAUCAAUGAUCAUCCAUCCCUUUCUUUUCAUAUUUCUGUGGACCAGCCUUGUUUGCCAUUUAAUAAUAAUUCUCAAUGCCUUUUGAGCUCAUUAUUCCUUAAUAUUAUAUCUACAUAAACAAAAAGAAUAUAAGCCCCUACUCUACAGUAAAAAAGGUUCUCUGCAAAUUUAAAACAAAAACUUCCUCCAAGAGAUUACUCAUAAUUCCUCAUGAGAAUUAGAUUCUGAUUUGUGAGUAGAGAAUCCUUUAGAUU